AUGGAGACGGCAAGUGGUAUACCUGGACACUCAUUCGUGUUGAAGUGGACCAAAAACAUUUUUUCGCGCACUUUGCGUACAUCUAACUGUGUGCCCAAACAUGUUGGGUUUAUUAUGGAUGGGAACAGAAGAUUUGCCAGAAAGAGAGAGUUGGAUGUGAAAGAGGGCCAUGAGGCAGGAUUUGUUAGUAUGAGCAGGAUCUUGGAACUAUGUUAUGAAGCAGGGGUCGAUACAGCUACUGUGUUUGCGUUCUCGAUUGAAAACUUCAAAAGAAGUUCGCGUGAAGUUGAAUCACUGAUGACUUUAGCGCGGGAAAGGAUACGACAAAUUACAGAACGUGGAGAGUUGGCUUGCAAGUAUGGGAUACGCAUUAAAAUCAUUGGCGAUCUUUCAUUAUUGGAUAAGUCCCUGUUGGAAGAGGUUCGAGUGGCUGUGGAGACCACGAAGAACAACAAAAGAGCUACGUUAAACAUAUGCUUCCCAUAUACGGGCAGGGAUGAAAUCUUGCAUGCUAUGAAAGAAUCAAUUGUUCAGCAUAGGAAAGGGGCCAUUAUAGAUGAAAGCACAUUAGAAUCUCAUCUCUACACAGCGGGAGUUCCGCCUUUAGAUUUACUGAUCAGGACAAGUGGGGUUUCCAGAUUAAGUGACUUUUUAAUAUGGCAAGCAUCCAGUAAGGGCGUGCGUAUCGAGUUAUUGAACUGCCUAUGGCCAGAGUUUGGACCUAUACGGAUGGCAUGGAUCCUAUUAAAAUUCUCGUUCCACAAGUCUUUUUUGAAUAAAGAGUACAGAUUAGAGGAAGGUGAUUACGACGAGGAAACACUCGAGGACUCCAUCGACUUGAAAGAAAAGAAGUUAAAUUAG